CGAGAUCCCCGCCUCUUUCCCACUAGCUCCCCUGCCCCAACCACGGAAGCCUCAGAGUGAGUGACUAUUGGCUCCACUUGCGCCUGCGCCGGGGAAAGAAGCGGCGCUGAACGGCGGAGCACUUAAGUCGCAUGCGCGAUAUUAGCUGGCGGAUAGCCGGGUAGGGGGUAAGAAAACACGCGAGAACAAUUUGGAGGGAGAAAUUCCAAUCCUGAGUAGUCUGAUUGGGUUGCUUUAAAGCGCUAUGGCAUCGAAUUCGACUAAAUCUUUCUUGGCAGACGCCGGCUACGGCGAACAGGAGCUAGAUGCAAACUCAGCCCUCAUGGAACUGGAUAAAGGACUGAGAUCUGGCAAACUUGGAGAACAGUGUGAAGCAGUUGUACGAUUUCCUAGACUCUUUCAGAAGUAUCCAUUCCCUAUUCUCAUCAACUCUGCAUUCCUAAAGCUGGCAGAUGUAUUCAGAGUUGGAAACAACUUUCUCAGACUGUGUGUACUUAAAGUUACUCAACAAAGUGAAAAGCAUUUGGAGAAGAUUCUAAAUGUGGAUGAGUUUGUGAAGAGGAUCUUUUCUGUGAUUCAUAGCAAUGACCCUGUGGCAAGAGCUAUUACGCUCAGGAUGUUGGGAAGUUUGGCAUCCAUCAUUCCUGAGAGAAAGAAUGCCCAUCAUAGUAUUCGUCAGAGCCUAGAUUCACAUGAUAAUGUGGAAGUUGAAGCUGCUGUGUUUGCUGCUGCUAAUUUCUCUGCACAGUCCAAAGACUUCGCUGCAGGAAUCUGUAACAAAAUCAGUGAAAUGAUUCAAGGUUUAGCUACACCAGUAGACUUGAAACUGAAAUUGAUCCCCAUAUUACAACAUAUGCAUCAUGAUGCAAGCCUGGCUUCCAGUGCUCGCCAACUCCUACAACAGCUGGUCACUUCCUAUCCCUCUACCAAGAUGGUCAUUGUUACACUGCAUACUUUUACACUGCUUGCUGCUUCAUCUUUAGUUGAUACUCCCAAGCAGAUUCAACUCCUUUUACAAUACUUGAAGAAUGAUCCCAGGAAAGCAGUAAAGAGACUUGCUAUUCAGGACCUGAAGUUACUUGCAAAUAAAACACCACAUACAUGGAGCAAAGAGAACAUACAGGUACUCUGUGAGUGUGCCCUCCAAACUCCUUAUGACAGUCUGAAACUAGGAAUGCUCUCUGUCCUCUCUACCUUGUCAGGGACCAUAGCGAUCAAGCAUUAUUUCAGCAUUGCUCCAGGAAACUCAGUUACUUCACCAAGGUCAUCUGAUUUAGUCAAAUUGGCACAAGAAUGCUGUUACCAUAAUAACCGAGGUAUUGCAGUUCAUGGAGUAAGGGUUCUAACUAAUAUAACUGCUUCUUGUCAAGAAAAAGAACUCUUGGCAUUGGAACAGGAUGCAGUCUUUGGUCUCGAAUCUCUCCUGGUGCUUUGUAGUCAAGAUGAUAGUCCAGGUGCUCAAGCAACUUUAAAGAUUGCUUUGACUUGUAUGGUGAAGCUGGCCAAGUGCCGUCCUCAUCUUAGCCAGUCAGUAGUUGAGUCUUUGCUGACUCAGUUACACAGUGCUCAGGAUGCAUCCAGGAUUCUCAUGUGCCACUGUCUGGCUUCCAUUGCCAUGCAGCUGCCAGUCUUGGGUGAUGGGAUGCUUGGAGACUUAAUGGAACUCUACAAAGUAAUUGGACGUUCUUCUACUGAUAAACAACAAGAGCUUUUGGUUUCUUUAGCCACUGUGAUUUUUGUAGCCAGUCAAAAAACCUUAUCUGCUGAAGUUAAAACUGUUAUUAAACAACAACUUGAGAAUGUCUCUAACGGUUGGACGGUAUACCGGAUUGCCAGACAGGCAUCUAGGAUGGGUAAUCAUGACAUGGCCAGAGAGCUUUAUCAAAGUCUGCUGACUCAGGUAGCCUCAGAACACUUCUACUUUUGGCUGAACAGUUUGAAGGAAUUCUCCCAUGCAGAGCAGUGCCUCACUGGGUUGCAAGAAGAGGAUUACAGUUCAGCACUUUCCUGCAUUGCUGAAUCUUUAAAAUUCUACCAUAAAGGAAUAGCAUCCUUAACAGCUGCCAGCACACCUCUGAAUCCUUUAAGUUUUCAGUGUGAGUUUGUAAAACUCAGAAUUGACCUUCUGCAGGCCUUUUCUCAACUUUUCUGCACCUGUAAUAGCCUAAAGACAAGUCCUCCCCCUGCUAUUGCUACAACUAUAGCCAUGACUUUGGGAAAUGACCUUCAAAGAUGUGGCCGCAUCUCCAAUCAGAUGAAACAGUCUAUGGAAGAAUUCCGAAGCCUCGCCUCCCGUUAUGAGGAUCUUUAUCAGGCAUCUUUUGAUGCAGACUCAGCGACAUUAAGGAAUGUUGAGUUACAGCAGCAGAGUUGUUUGCUGAUCUCUCAUGCAAUAGAAGCCCUGAUUUUGGAUCCAGAAUCGGCAAGUUUCCAGGAAUAUGGUUCCACUGGAUCAACUCAUGCUGAUAGUGAAUAUGAAAGAAGAAUGAUGUCUGUAUAUAAUCAUGUCUUAGAAGAGGUAGAAUCACUGAACCGGAAAUAUGCUCCUGUCUCUUAUAUGCACACAGCUUGCCUCUGCAAUGCUAUCAUUGCCUUGCUGAAAGUUCCUCUUUCCUUCCAGAGAUAUUUUUUCCAGAAACUGCAAUCUACUAGUAUUAAGCUUGCUUUGUCACCUUCCCCACGAAACCCUACAGAACCCAUUGCAGUUCAGAAUAAUCAGCAACUGGCUCUAAAGGUAGAGGGCGUAGUUCAGCAUGGAUCCAAACCAGGACUCUUUCGUAAAAUUCAGUCUGUCUGUUUGAAUGUCUCUUCAACAUUACAGAGUAAAUCUAUACAAGAGUACAAGAUACCUAUUGACAGUAUAACCAAUGAGAUGGAGCAGAAUGUUGAACCACACAAUGAUUACUUUAGCACUCAGUUUCUGUUGAACUUUUCUAUACUUGGAACUCAUAACAUCACAGUUGAGUCUUCUGUGAAGGACUCCAAUGGAAUUGUAUGGAAGACUGGACCUAAAACCACCAUCAUUGUGAAAUCUCUGGAAGAUCCUUACUCUCAGCAGGUUCGCCUACAACAACAGCAAGCACAGCAACCUUUGCAACAACAACAGCGAAAUGCAUAUUCUCGGUUUUAGCCACCAAAUGUUCUUGUUUUUGUUUUUUUCCACUCAUCUAGUUGUUUUGUGCUUUUUCUCUUCUUUUAACCCUUACCUUCUGUCUAUAUAUGCCCAGUAUCACACAGCUUGGACAUAUCUGAGGCAAGAUUUGAACCCAGGACCUUCCCUCUCCAGGCUCUUUAUCCACUGAGCCACCUAUCUGCACCCUCCCUCAUCUAGUUUUUAAAAACCAUAGGAAUAGGAAAGGAGGCUAAUAUCUUCCCUGUCUGCCUUAUCAAUUGAGAAGACACAUAAAAAUUUUCUAAAGCAUAUUAGCAUUAUCUAAAGUUUAACCAUUAUAAUUAUCUCUUUUUUAAACAAAUGACUGAAAUAUUCAGAUUACCUGCCAUAUUAAGUAAUGGUUCUCUAAAUUUAAAUUUGGUCCAUGUGUGUAAUUAUCUGGAUGAGAUAACAAAAAAUAGGUAACAAAAAAUAGGUGGUAGAUGGGGUCUCUGGGAAUUUUUGUCUUCUUUCAAGUGUUAAAGUUUUUCUUUAUUAAUGUAGAUAGACCCAUUCUAAGUUUUCAUACUGAUUUUUCAUAAUGGUUUGCAUUCUAUAUGACUCCAGUUUUUUGUGCCUUGGCUAUAUUGUUUUUCACUAUCUAAUAAGGAUAUCCCUCCUUAAAACCUUAGUUAACUGUAGUACUCAGGGAAUUGGAUAUAUGUUUCAAUACUUGUUGAAAGUCUUUCAAAAAUAUUCCCAUGCCUUUUCAUGGUAUAAUGAAGAUAAUUUUUUUGACAAGCCAUUUUGAUAAUAAUGAAAAUGUGUGUCCCUCCAUAUUAGAAUUGCUUUUAUUUGAACUUAGUGUGUUUUCAGAACAAUAUGGAUCUAGAAAGCCAGGCACAUACCAUUUCAUAAAGCUCAAAAUCUUAAUAGUAUACAACCAAGUUCCAGUUUUCAAUAGGUAUCUAUAGUUGGCAAAGCACUAUUAUCCAUAUUUGCAUUAUCUAUUUUGUGAGUUAACCUGGGAUACACUUUUUAAAUCAAAUUUACCUUACUCUGUCACCUGUCAUAUAACUAGGCUGUCUCAUCAUAUUAACAGCUUGUUGAGGAAACAGUCAUUUUAAUGUUAACAACAAGUCAAAAGUAAUUAGACUUUCUAAUAUAGUACUCUGUUCAUAAUUGGUGCCUAAUUGAAAUGUUUAUUGAACAGGAAGGCAGAUCAGUUUCAAAUUUUAAAAGGUCAAAGAAUGACUUUGCAAAGCUAUGCAAAAAUCUAUAUUGAAUUAUUUGUACAGCUGUGCCCCUCCAUUCAACAAGUUAAAUUCACCUAACAUUAAGUGUCUACUAGCCUCUGGGGAUCAAAAAGAAACAGUCCCUUUCUCUGUUGAAGCUUAAGAUUCUCCUGGGGUAUGGAGGGAAAGAAGAAUAAAAUAUGUCCACAAGCAAAGACAAAGUAAAACAGCAAUUUAAGAGGAAGAGAGCACUUGUAAUAGAUUUUUUAAAAGCUGGCAGGGGCUCUGAGGGCAUUCUAAAUGGAGCCAUGACACGGAUAGACGUGAGGAGCUUAUAGGUGUAUGUAUGACAUAUGCUGCAGCCUGGCCUGACUUGGGCGGGAGAAGUGUUUAUAAUUUAUAGUUUAUACUGUUGGUAAUAGCAAAGUCAUCAUCAUAGAGCUGAAAGGGACUUUAUGCCAUCUAGUUUUAUUUUACAGAUGGGGAAAUUAAGGUCCAGAGAGACUGUGACUUGCCAAAUAUCAAAGAUUCAAAUCUAAGUACCUGAUGGGAGCCAGUGCUCUUUCCACUACAAGACUAGACAAGAGUCCCUGGAUAGUUCAAAGUGAGUGCUGUCUGCUCAGGUUCAAGCUAAAUGCAGCAGCUAAUAUAAAAUUAUCCAGUAGACCCUUGGCAACUCUAACUAUCAAGGACUAGAAGUCCCCUAGAGAUUAGUGGUCAAAGAAAUCCAGACAACCAACAAUGAUUUUUAAAAUGCCCCAGAUCAUCAAAAAUUAAAGAAAUCAAUAAUAAAUAAUGAAAUACAUAUUCAAAUAAUUCUGGUGUUCCAGUGUGCCUACAUCAGAUGAUAAGAAAGGAAAAAGGCAAUUGUGAGAGACUACUGCACAGUUGGUGUAGCUGCAAAUUGGUAUAGUAAUUCUGAAAAGAAAUUUGAAACUUUUCUCAAAAAGUCACUGUUUGUCCAUACCCAAGUGAUACCACUACUAGGACUAUACACCAAAGAUAUAAAAGAAAGAGGAAAAGGACUUCUGUAUAAAAAUAAUCAUAAUAGCUAUUUUUACAGUGGAAAGAAACUGGAAAUUAAGGGGAUGUCCAUCAGCUGGGGAAGAGUUAAUAAAUGGUAUACGUGUGUAAUGGUAUUCUACUCACCUGUAAAAAAUGUUGAAGAAGAUGUAUUUGGAGAAACUUGGGAAGAUGUAUGAACUGAGCGAAAUGAGCAAGCGCAGAAUAUGUGAUACAGCAAUAUGUUGUAAAAAAAUAUUGUUAGAAUUGCCAAUCCGUGCAGUGACCCUACCAUAGCAUUAUGCUGAUGAAACAGACUCCCAGCCUUUUGAGAGGAUGAUCUCAAGGUACAGAAAUGAAACAUUUUUUUUUAAUAUGGUCAGUAUGAAAAUGCUUUGCUUACCUACACAUUCUUGUUAUAAGGUAUUUGUUUUGUUUUUUACAGUGGGGGAGGGAGGUUGAAAAUGAAAUAAUUUUCUAAUUAAAAAUGUAUAUAUGAGUAUAUA